CUGUUCUAUAAUUUUGUAGUAGACAAAGAAUUCAUCUUAUCAAGUUGAAACUCAAAGCAGAUCAUAUAUCUUUCAACAUUAUUCGAUCCAUUAGGUCAGCUUCCGAAUUCUUGCAAUGGCACUUGAUGUUCAAGGAGUUGGGAAUUCUUCAAGCUGUUCUCGUUCAACUUGGAGACAGAAGAAAUAUGAUGUGUUUGUGAGCUUUCGAGGAGAAGAUACUCGUAGAAGUUUUACUGACCACUUGUAUGCUGCUUUGGGUCGCAAGGGAAUCACAACUUUUAGAGAUAAUGAAGACCUCGAAAGGGGGCAAAUUAUUAAGCCAAGUUUGUUCCAAGCAAUUGAAGAAUCUUCCUCGGCAAUUGUUGUACUCUCUAAAAACUAUGCCACUUCAAAGUGGUGCUUAGAUGAGCUCGUGAAGAUUCUUGAUUCUAAGAAAUAUUUGGGCCUCCAUGUAUUUCCAAUCUUUUAUGGUGUAGAUCCGUCCAAUGUUCGGCAUCAAAGGGAAAGUUUUGCAAAAGCUUUUGAAAAGCAUGAAGAAACAUUCGCACAUGACAGAAUGAAAGUUCAAAGAUGGAGGGGUGCUUUAAAAGAUGUCGCUGACUUAGCUGGCUGGAACUCGGAAAAUCGGUAA